GAGUGCAUGGGUGAAGAGAUGUUAUUUAUAGCCUAGAAGCAUUCAGGGUUAUCAUGCUUGUUUACAGCACUAAUCACAUUUGAAGAGUUAAAGUUAAAGUUUACACUGUUUUAGGCUAAGGCUAGUUCUGUUUAUCAGUGCACGCCACAUGUUUCAUUCGGCGUCACGACUUGCACGUGAAAGAGACGUGCAGAGACGCAACGACCAAUCAGAAGCUACGUUCAUGCCUCCUCCUGAUUGGUCCAUGAAAAGCAAAGCGUCGCCACAACAACGGUCGAGUUUCAAAAUAGUUGUUGCGUCCUAUACUCGUGCACUAGAGGACACAGCUAGCACAGUAACAGCGUCUCGUACGCACUAUGUAGGGCACUUUCAUUGUGUUCAAUUUGGUAUAUAUCCUACUAACGAAGAGAGUGAGUUUGGGCAAAGUCUCUGGUUUGGGGGAAGAGCUGGGAAUAUGGAAAGGAGGGUCAGAGUUUGUGUGUUAAGUAUUUAUACGCUAAACGCGGUGUAGCUGCAGAUAAGACGCGGGGUUCACGUCGCGAAAAAGGACAAAACUGGAUUUUUUUCUUGAAUUUUGUAAAAAAAAAAUUUUUACGAGUGCAGUUGUGUAGAGUAGAGUAGAGUAGAGUAGCACAUUUGGCUAGUUAGCUAACUGAGCUAGCGAGUUUGGUUUUUUGUGUUUUGUUUUGUUUUUGCUUCUACACGAGCUCCACACGGCGCUGCUGAAGUUCAGUCAGAGUAUCAAGGUCAAGCUUCAGCAUUAACACCGUACUGAUAAACUGCUCUCGGGUUUUAUUGAACUGAAGGGCGGAAUAUGUGUGAGGAUGAGUCGCAGAGACACGCUGGCUCAUCUGUUUGCUGGAGGAUGUGGUGGUACGGUGGGAGCCAUUUUGACCUGUCCGCUGGAGGUGGUAAAGACAAGGCUGCAGUCUUCCUCCAUAACACUGUACAUCUCCGCCGUUCAGCUCAGCACAGUGAACGGAGGCGCCAUGACCCCAGUGGCUACACCCGGACCCUUGAACUGCCUCAAGAUGAUGUUGGAGAAGGAAGGCCCUCGUUCUUUGUUCCGAGGUCUUGGCCCCAAUCUAGUAGGAGUUGCCCCAUCAAGGGCGAUUUAUUUUGCUGCGUACUCCACUACUAAGGAGCGAAUGAACAGCAUGCUGGAGCCCGACUCCAUACAGGUGCACACGGUGUCUGCUGGCAUGGCUGGAUUCACGGCUAUCACAGCAACCAAUCCAAUCUGGCUAAUCAAGACCCGCCUGCAACUAGAUGCCAGGAGCCGUGGCGAGCGGCGGAUGAGUGCACUGCAGUGCAUGCGCCAUGUGUAUCAGACAGAUGGACUUCGCGGGUUUUACCGCGGCAUGUCCGCGUCCUACGCCGGGAUCUCGGAGACGGUCAUCCACUUUGUGAUCUACGAGAGCAUCAAACGGCGCAUCCUGGAGACCAGAGCAGCUACUCGCAUGGACCAAGAGAACGAGACUACACGAGAGGCGUCCGACUUCAUGUACAUGAUGAUGGCAGCCGCCACCUCCAAAACCUGCGCCACCUGUUUAGCUUACCCUCAUGAGGUUGUGCGAACCCGGCUGAGGGAGGAAGGCACUAAGUACCGCUCGUUCCUGCAGACAGUGAGCAUGGUGUUCAGGGAAGAGGGGUUCAAAGCGCUGUACCGCGGUCUCACCACCCACCUAGUGCGCCAGAUCCCCAACACAGCCAUCAUGAUGGCCACCUACGAGCUCGUCAUCUACCUUCUCGACCGCUAACAUCAGCCCCCUGACCUUUGACCCUACAAACUGACCACCUCUACCUGCGAAGGGGAAGAAAGGCUUGGAUUUGGAAAAGCCGCUGCUCAUAGUGCCGAUAGAAACUCGUACACGAAUGUCAAGAGGAAAUUUGAGACAUUUUGAGAGUGUGUAUAGGAAGGAGACGAAGAUGAUGAUAAAAAAAAAACUUGGGGAAUGCACCAACGUGGUGGGAGUUUUCAAAAAGAGACAAGUGAAAGAGAGGAGUGUUUCCCUUUUUUUUUUUUCUUUUUUUUUUUUUUUUUAAACUAGGUUUAUGUAAAGCUGCUUCCAAAGGAGUCUUGUGUAAGAAUGAACACACUCAAAGAUGCCUGAAGAAACACAUUGGGUCUCUGUUUUUACAGUGCUUAUUUACCUUUAACUUAAAUCAUUACAAUUUGGUGACACAUUGUGUUUUUAUUUGUACUGACAAAAAAUCAGGAUGGUUACUCUUAUGCAAAAUAAGAGAUUUAAAACUAGGGAAUGGUCAAAAAUAUUCGACAUAGUGCCAAAUGCCACGCCCUGAUUUGUCGGUGCUCAGGCUUGGGGCUAUUUGGUCAAUCUGAAAUUAAGAAAGAUGCACUUAGAUGUCAUACAGAAGCAGGAGUGCUCCUGUUCCUUCCCUGCAGCCGUGUGGGGAGGUUAAGCAGGGUUAUAUGUGUGAAUACGGUAUGUACAUAUCUAUAUGUUUGUAUAUUGUCUUCAAAAAAAAUUUUAUUAAAUGGUUGCUUUUGCUUAAUAUAUUAUUAACACAUGAAUGUACAUGCAAAUGUGACCAAAGUAAGAAGGUUGAACUUGGUCUUACUAAAGACGUUACUGAAGAUGCAACGUUCGCCAAGUUGAUUCUGUUCAUCUGUUUGACCUUUUAUGUGGGAGGAAAAUAUUCCAGAAAAAAACAAAACACAAAGUUUUUCAGUGCAACAGCUACAAAGGUUACAGUGUCUGUGCACAUUUUGUGGUGUCGAAUACCAGAGACUUUAAAGGAAUAAUUUGACCCUUGAACCUCAGAUUCUCUCAGUCAGCCAAGAUGCAUCUGAUGGUUUGUACUUUUGUAUUAUUUUGUACUAGACCUGUAAGGUCAGUGUAGCUUCUAGCUUCAGUUUAGCCUUGGGAAAUCUAGACUUCCUAAGAUGUCACACACUUGCCUAAAAGAUCGUUUUGGGCUCAGUAUUGCAAUUUGUACAUAAAUAGUUUAAAAGAACAGUUCAAUAAUAUUAUAACUAUAUUAUAAACCGAAUCAGUUCUACGUUAGAGUUAAUGUUCUGCUGCUGAGCCACAUCUCCUACAUACAUCUGCAUGAGGCGAAAACCAAUUUUUGUGCUAAGAAAGAACGUGAUACCGGCUUCAGCACAGACCUAUGACUCUCUUUUAGCUCUACGAAAACACCUUAGCAAGGCUGUUUAAGGUGACUUGAAGGAACAUUGUGUAAAUAGCCUACGUUACCCUCACAGCUGCAGUGCAAAAUUAAAGCAAAAUGUUCUCAGACAAUUCCUAGCUGACUGACUAAUCUUGGCGUAAGAGCUUUCAAGUGUUAUGGAGGGAUGCAUCAAAUUAUUUUGAAACGUUUUCUUUUAUCACAAUGCAAUCCUAUUUCAUUUCUUCCUGUAAUGUUUUGCUAUAUCGUUAUUUAUGCACUUGUCAUUUUUGCGUCACUCCAACACCACACACACACACACACACACUUGAGAGUCCAGUGUUCAUCUCACUCAGCAUUGUGUUUACAUCUACAUGUCCACCUUCAGUUGUUGUAUCACAUAUUCUUAUUGUUCGACAGCUGAGAAAUGUUCACAAACAUUCACAAUAAAGACAUAUGCAUCA